AUGACAAACAGUGAGGGAAGUCGCGCUUCACAGAGGAGAAUGGUUGAGGGUGAAUCAAGCAAUGCAAGGGAGAGAAGGCUUAAAAUGCAAGCCGAUUUAGAGGCAAUGACUCAAAGGAUGGAAGAGUCUGAUGCAGAGGAUAUGUAUACUCUGAGGAAGAGUCUGAGAGUUGAGCCACAAGAGGAAGAGGAGGAAGAAGAACUCCCUAUGUACCAAGAGCAUUACAAUGCUCUCUUCUCCAUGGACUUCAUGGAUACCAAGUACCCACAUGUUGACACAAUGAAGGCCCUUGGAAUCUUUGAAGAUGUGGAGCUAGUUCUCAAGAACAUGCACUUGGCCAAGCUCUUCUCUUAUCACAUGGAAUCCUACAAGGAGCUCUGA